AUGCCGCCCAAAAAGACAGACAACCAGCCCAAGAAGAAGAAGGCGACCGUUGAGGAUAAGACGUUUGGAAUGAAAAACAAAAAAGGUGGUGCCGUGAAGAAACAGAUGCAACAGCUGCAAGCACAAGCCGCAAGCAACAAAAACGCCGAAGAGAAGAAGAAGGCCGCUGCCCAGGCCCAGCGUGAGGCUGAAAAGAAGGCUGCUGAACAAGCAAAGAAGGAUGCCCUCGAGCUGUUCAAGCCCGUGCAGGUGCAGAAGGUUCCCUUCGGUGUUGACCCGAAGACCGUUCUUUGUGUCUACUACAAGCAGGGUCACUGUGAGAAGGGCCGCAAGUGCAAGUUCUCUCACGACCCCAACGUUGAGCGCAAGGCAGCCAAGAAGGAUUUGUACACCGACUCCCGUGAUGAGAAGGCCGUUGAGGAAGAGAAGAAGCAGAAGGAUACCAUGGACGACUGGGACGAGGAGAAGCUACGCAGUGUUGUUCUCAGCAAGCAUGGAAACCCUCGCACAACAACCGAAAAGGUCUGCAAGUUCUUCAUCGAGGCUGUCGAGAACCAGAAGUAUGGUUGGUUCUGGACUUGUCCGAAUGGAGGAAACAAGUGCAUGUACAAGCACAGUUUACCACCAGGAUUUAUCCUGAAGACAAAGGAGCAGAGAGCCGCUGAAAAGGCACUCAAGGACAAAUCACCAUUGAACACACUCACUCUCGAGGACUGGCUGGACUCAGAGCGUCACAAGUUGACCGGGACACUGACACCGGUCAACCCCGAAACCUUCGCCCAAUGGAAAAAGCAGCGUCUGGACAAGAAGGCUGCCGAAUUCCAAGCACAGCAGGCCAAGGAUGCCACCGGUCGUACGCUCUUCGAAAGCGGCAACUGGGCCGAGGAGGACAGCGAGCCAGAAGAAGGCGAGGACGACAACGGCACUUGGAACCUGUCAGUCCUGCGGAAAGAGACCGAGAGACUGCGCGAACAGAAGGAAGAGGAACGUCUUGCCAAGUUGCACGGGACGGAAGUACCUCUGGCUACGCCGGAGGUUGUACCGGAAGCUGCGGGCUGA